ACUGUAAGUGCGGCAUAUUUCAAAAAUGGAAAGCGUUGUUGUGUUCACUUGCUUUGUCUGUAACUGCAACGUCUUCGUCUUGUUCCCUCCUUCAGCCACAGCAACACCUUUCGUAUGAGAAGAGAAUCAGAACCGCGUAUCCCUUCUUCCACGCUAAGAUGAUUCAGCAAUCGCUUUACAGGCCACCUUCGAUCUCGUUCUCAAUUACAUCUCCCAGAGCCCCAAAACGUUCCGUUUUCCAUAACCAUCUUCCUUCAACUUGGACAAUUCGAUGCGACGCUACGGAUUCAUCGGUGUCUCCACCGUACCCUGGUGGGUUGGGUCUGUACACGGGGAGGGACCCUAAUGUGAAGAAGCCAGAGUGGUUGAGGCAGAGAGCUCCUCAAGGUGAAAGGUUUCAACAUAUUAAGGAAUCUUUAUCACAUUUGAAGCUCAAUACUGUCUGCGAAGAGGCACAAUGCCCCAACAUAGGAGAGUGUUGGAAUGGAGGUGGAGAUGCUAUUGCAACUGCAACAAUCAUGCUUCUUGGUGAUACUUGCACUCGUGGAUGUAGAUUUUGUGCUGUGAAGACCAGCAGAAAUCCAGCACCUCCUGAUCCAAUGGAACCUGAAAAUACUGCCAAGGCCAUUGCAAGUUGGGGUGUGGAUUAUAUUGUCCUAACAAGUGUGGAUCGUGAUGAUCUACCUGAUGGAGGAAGUGGCCAUUUUGCUCAGACUGUCAAAACUAUGAAGAAUCUCAAACCUGAGAUCAUGGUAGAGUGUUUAACCUCUGAUUUUCGGGGUGACCUGAAGGCUGUAGAAACUCUGGUUCACUCAGGUUUAGAUGUCUUUGCUCACAACGUUGAGACAGUCAAACGGCUCCAAAGGAUUGUUAGAGAUCCUAGGGCUGGGUAUGAGCAAAGUCUGUCAGUUCUAAACCAUGCAAAACAUAGCAAGGAGGGUAUGAUAACAAAAACUUCUAUAAUGCUGGGCCUUGGAGAAUCUGAUGAUGAGGUGAAGGAAGCGAUGGCUGAUUUAAGGGCCAUAGAUGUUGAUAUUCUGACAUUUGGUCAGUAUUUGCAGCCUACUCCAUUGCACUUGACUGUCAAAGAGUAUGUUACUCCUGAGAAAUUUGCUUUCUGGAAAGAAUAUGGGGAGUCUAUGGGUUUUCGUUAUGUAGCUAGUGGGCCACUGGUGCGAUCUUCAUACAGGGCAGGGGAGCUGUUUGUGAAGACAAUGGUACGAGAGAAGGCCAAGAAUGCUGGUGGCUCAUUGUUAUAACGUUUGGCUCUGCGAUUAUGUAUAUUAUGCAACAACAGCUGACAAGAUUUUCGUAUGUGCAAUUGCUGCGGAGGAAAAUUGUUAGGUGCGCAGAGAAAAUAUAAUACCUUUUUUGAUAUCAAAUAGAUUUUCAAAUCGGCUUUAUGUAGUCUUUGGACCAGUAAUGUUUCUUAAUUUAAAUUAUUUAAUAAAUAAUUCAGAUAGGUAAUUUAGAAUUGAGAGUGUAAGAAAGGGAACAAAAUAUUUAAAAACAUCAUAUCGCCAGAGUAAUAAUUGAUUUAAUUAAAG